AUGACAGUAAAUGACUCUGUUGUAAAAGAAAUAAUAGAAAAUCUUAAAAAGAUCUCAAACACUUCACCGUGGGAAAAAUACAGAACUACACUAAAUAAACAUAAAAAAUUACCACUCAACGAAUGGAAAAGUCUUUUAAAUUUAUUGCGUACAAAAGAUUUAUACAAUUUACUUAAAGAAAAUUUUACAUCUAAAGAAGCACGGAUACUUGGCGCUGCAUUCGUACACUCGAAACUUAAUCAUUUAGAAGACAUUGUAGAUAUUAUUAUACAAAGAAAUGAUUUCUGUACACCUAUUUUACUAAAAUUUAUUUUAAUUAAAAAAAGAAAAUUUGAUCUUACAUCAAUACUAAAUUAUUUGCAUAAAAUGAUAAAAGAAGAUACAAAGUUAUCACAUUUAGAACUACUUAAAGUUGUGUAUGAUAAUUAUCCAGAUAUAAUAGAUAUAGAAAUAUUAGAAUUUUGUAAGAAUAACAAGCAUGAUAUUUGUAAACAAAUAUGUAGUGGAAAAGAAAUGGAGAUAUUAUAA